CUUGACGCGUGCCCCAAUCUGGUCUCCAAGGGUCCAUCUUCGCUUACUUUCAUACACCCUGCAUGCCCACGCGGAUAUCAUUUCCCAGUCCUCUAUCCGAUGCAAGAGGCUCCUCUUCAAAAGAGCUAAUUACUCCUCCUCGAUCCUGCCAUGCAUUACAUCCCGAAGGUGAAGAUCAGACAAUUGUCAGACAAGGCUCUCUCAACCCCGUCUCAUACAUCCUUGCACUUCACAACGAUGUCCUCCGUUAUAUAUCUUUGACAAUGGCAGCCGUCCAUUGCCGACCAGUCCGCCAGGGGCUCUGGAGUCAGUCUAGGCAUAUCAGAAGCCUACAAAACAACAAUCCCCUUCCUAUAUUCUCGCAAAACUCCCUCUCACUGCCGACCACCUUUAUCAGACCGAUAUCUUCACGUCCAGCAAGAGCUUCUCCCACUCCAAGUCGUCAGAACCCAGCGUUUCCCGUCAGGCGGCAUUUCUCAAGUGCUGCGAGUGCAAGCGCCAGCUCGGACCAUACUCCUGCUUCACGCAACGAAAGUACCAGCUCAAAGAUGGCCCCUCGAAUACUCAUCUUCGGCACCGGCAGUAUCGGCGCCGUCUACACCUACAUUUUCUCCCGCGCCGUCACCGAAGCCAACGUCUUCGCCGUCUGCCGCUCCAACUACGACGCCGCCUCCACCCAAGGCUUCACCAUCAACUCAUCACUCUUCGGCCAAAACCUGAAUGUGAGGCCACAAGUCGUCAAGACCGUCGACGAAGCCGUCACCAAGUCCGACGGCAAACCCUUCGACUACAUCAUCGUCACCGCCAAAGCCAUCCCCAGCACACCAUCCCUCCCCGAGCAAAUCGCCCCAGCGGUCUCACCGUCCACAACCAUCGCCCUCAUCCAGAACGGAAUAGGCGUAGAAGAUAUCUACAGCCAGGCAUUCCCCCAGAACCCCUUAUUGUCAUGCGUAGUCUAUCUUCCCGCCACACAAACAUCCCCCGGCACAAUCAAACACGGCGAAGUCGAACUCCUCCACAUAGGCACAUACCCUGCCGGACGGGACAAAUCGUCCGCUGAAGAUUUCGCAUCCGUCCUCCGAAGCGGAAACGGCACCGCCAAAGUCCACGACGAUGUCCAAAUCGAACGCUGGACCAAACUCCUCGUCAACGCCAGUUGGAAUCCAAUCUGCGCGCUCUCACGUUGUCGAGAUGUCCAAUUCAUGCACUCCUCGGAUUCCGCAACCGACGUGGUAAAGCAAGUCAUGCUCGAAAUCACCGCCGUCGCACAAGCCUCGGGCUACCCGCAGAUCAACGAGGCCAAGAUCGACCAUCAACUUGGUCGGGCGAAAGCACGAUCCUUACCUGGCGUGGAGCCGAGUAUGCUUGCUGACGCUUUCUCCGGCCGCAACAUGGAAGUCGAUGCCAUUGUUGGGAAUACAGUACGGAUAGCGGAGGAGAAGGGCGUCAAGACACCGCUCUUAACGGCUAUCUAUGCGUUGACCAAGGGUCUUGAUGCGAGCUUUACGAGGGCGCGGGAGAGUAAGUGAGUCAGUAUGAAGGCACCUCGGGUAUCCAAUUCGUUGGUAGAUGGACUUGUAGAUGACACAAUUAGCGUGGCUAUAUGGCGAGUGAAUAGGGAUAGAUCUUCACGGGAAUGCAUAUAGACUUGGUAUCAUGGGCACUGAUCUUUACAUAUGCGAACUGGGCACGCCAUACACAUCUGAAGUAUCUCAGAUCUCAAUAUCCACCAUUUUCAGUGCCUCAAUCGCCCACUCGGGAGUACCCUUGCCUUCAAAGUACAUUGCAAAGAAGCCCUUAAUGAAUUCAGGGAACC